AACAGGAUGUGAGCCCCAGCGGCAACUGGAGGAGGGGGGAAGGGAAGGCCCCCCCAACUCCACCGCUGGGGCCCUUCUCUCCCCCUUCUCCUCCUCCCCGCUCCAGAUGUGGUGCCGCUCUCUCUCCGGAUCCUCGGGACACCCCUCCCGGAGCUUGAGCGGUGUAAGGUGUCGGGGGGAACCCAGCGCCCCCUCCUGGAAGCGGCCACCCCCCGCGGGACCCCUGGAGGCCGCGCCGCCCAGUCGAGAACUCAGCAUCCCGGACCGCACGUCCCAUGCACGGCUCUACGGACUUCAAGCCCAAGACCCGCGAGUUGGGAGCAACUCUAGUGGUGGUGGCGGGGAGGGGGGAUGUCCGUACCCCAAGCGUACCCCCACCAGUCUGUUCAGAGUCGCUGCGUCCACCACUUAAAAGGGGGGUUCCCUUCCCUCCGGCCCUAACCUAGAGGACUGAGGAUUUUGGGUCCCCAGCGCACACCCCUCCCUCCCUCGGAGACUGGAAAGAGCUUGAAGAGGGGGCGUCUUUCCAGCAUCUUCCACCCGGGAGACCCGGGACUCUGGACCCCCACUCUCCAAUACCCCCACGAUUCCGGUUCCUGGAGUCUCUACGGGAGCGCGGGCCGUGCGCCUUCCCCGAGGACCGCGUUAGGGUGGACCCGAACCGGGAUCCCCGAUCCGCGGCUGAAGGUGGCUCCCGGGGAGGUUGCUACUCUGCCAUUCAGCCAUGCCUGAGGGAGCCCGGGGACUCAGCCUGUCCAAACCCAGCCCCAGGCUCGGAUGUGGUCACGGAGGUGAAGCUUGUGACUGUGCAGCUGUGUGUGAGACUCGGACAGCAGCCCCAGCAGUCCCCACCAUGGCCUCUCCCCGAGGUUCUGGGAGCUCCACCUCCCUGAGCACAGUGGGCUCUGAGGGAGACCUCGUGCCAGGGCCUAGCCCAGCCUGCCCAGCCUCCAGGCCAGAGCCCCUGCCAGGGCCCCCUAUCAGCCUGCACCUCUCACCCGUGGGGAUCCCCGGUUCAGGAAAACCCUCGAGGCUGGAGCGAGUGGCCCGUGAAAUUGUGGAAACAGAGCGGGCCUAUGUGCGGGACCUGCGCAGCAUUGUGGAGGACUACCUGGGCCCUCUUCUGGAUGGUAGUGUCCUGGGGCUGAGUGUGGAACAAGUGGGCACACUGUUUGCCAAUAUUGAGGACAUCUAUGAGUUCAGCAGUGAGCUCCUGGAGGACCUGGAGGGCACCAGCAGCGCUGGGGGCAUCGCUGAGUGCUUCGUGCAAAGAAGCGAGGAUUUUGACAUCUACACAUUGUACUGCAUGAACUACCCGAGCUCCCUGGCCCUACUCCGGGAGUUGUCGCUGUCUCCGCCAGCUGCGCUGUGGCUACAGGAGCGCCAGGCGCAGCUCCGCCACUCCCUGCCCCUGCAGAGCUUCCUGCUGAAACCCGUUCAGCGCAUCCUCAAGUACCAUCUACUGCUGCAGGAACUGGGCAAGCACUGGGCAGAGGGUCCAGGUGCUGGAGGCCGGGAGAUGGUGGAGGAAGCCAUUGUGUCCAUGACUGCAGUGGCCUGGUACAUCAAUGACAUGAAGCGCAAGCAGGAGCACGCAGCACGUCUCCAGCAGGAAGUGCAACGGCGGCUGGGUGGCUGGACUGGCCCAGAGCUCAGUGCCUUUGGGGAGCUGGUGCUGGAAGGUGCCUUCCGAGGGGGCGGCCCCCGGCUCCGAGGGGGUGAGCGGCUGCUCUUCCUGUUCUCAAGGAUGUUACUUGUGGCCAAGCGGCGGGGACCAGAAUACACCUACAAGGGCCACAUCUUUUGCUGCAACCUGUGUGUGAGUGAGAACCCUCGGGACCCUCUAGGGUUCAAGGUUUCUGAUCUGACCAUUCCCAAGCACAGAUACCUGCUCCAGGCCAAGAACCAAGAAGAGAAGCGAUUGUGGAUUCACUGUCUCCAACGCCUCUUCUUUGAGAAUCAUCCUGCCUCUAUCCCUGCCAAGGCUAAGCAAGUUCUCUUGGAAAACAGCCUGCACUGUGCCCCAAAAAGCAAACCUAUUUCAGAGCCCCUGACACCCCUACUUGAGUCUCCCCGACCUCAGGACGCUAGAAGUUUCACCCCUGGUCGAAGGAGCACAGCUCCUUCUCCGGGACUCUCUGCUAGCCGCCGUGGCCGCAGGCAGUCUGAGCCAAUGAAAGACCCUUACGUUGUGAUUGCCCAGAAAGCUAAGCCUAAAGUUAAGCAUGCUGGCAGUGAAAGGGAACUCUACACGCCCUUGGAACCAGAGCCUCCUGUGUCAGCAUCUGGUCCCCCGGAAGACAUGGAGGAUGCCGGGCCUCCUACCCUGGACCCUUCUGGAACUUCCAUCACUGAGGAAAUCCUAGAACUGCUGAACCAGAGAGGCCUCCGAGAUCCAGGGUCAGCCACCCAUGACAGUCCCAAGUUCCCCAGAGAUGCCCAGGUGCCAGAUGACAGUGAAAGUCUCCCAUUCGAAGCCCUGCCCAGCCGAGAGUCUUCAGAAGAGGAGGAGGAGGAAGAGCUGGAGAUGGAUGAACGGGAGCCUUCCCCACUCCAUGUCUUAGAGGGACUCGAAAGUUCCAGUACAGCUGAAAUUCCCCACAUUCCCAGCCUUACCAAGAUUCCUGACCAGCCCAGCCUUCCCGAAAUUCCUGAGCCCCACCUUCCAAGUCUCUCUGACAUUCCCAGUGUUUUUGAGAUACCCUGUCUUCCAGCCAUGCCCAGUGUGCCUGACAUCCCCAGUCUUUCCAAUGCUCCCCCAUCGCUCCCCUGUGAUUCCAGACUCUGUGAACUGCCGGAACCAGCUGAGACUCUGUCUGCCAAGAGAGAACUGUUUUGUGGGAACAAUCCUGGGAAACUGGGAGAGCCUCUCUCGGGAAGCCGGACAAAGCAGGAGGAAGGAGAAGGGGUUUCGUUCCCAGCUCUGGAGUCCCAGGAUCUCACCCAAGCCCAAGGGUUUCCAGAUGAGCUGGAAUACCGCUCCUGUUCAGAAAUCCGGAGUGCCUGGCAGGCACUGGAACAGGGGCAGCUGGCCCGGCCCGGCUUCCCAGAGCCACUGCUGAUCUUGGAGGAUUCAGAUCUGGGUGGAGGCAGCGGGAGAGGGAAGGCAGGAGCCCCGCGUUCUGAGCGGGCUGCAUCCCGGGUGCGAGAACUGGCCCGGCUUUACAGUGAGCGCAUCCAGCAGAUGCAAAGGGCUGAAACUCGAGCAUCAGCCAAUGCUCCCCGGCGCCGACCACGGGUUCUGGCCCAACCCCAGCCGACCCCUUGUCCACCCCAGGAGGAAGCUGAGCCAGGUCCUCUGCCUGCUUUUGGACAUGUACUGGUUUGUGAGCUGGCCUUCCCACUGACCUGUGCCCAAGAGUCCGUCUCCCUGGGCCCUGCUACUCUGGUUCAAGCUGCCACACCCUUAUGUAAGAAGGGAGAUCACCUGGCUGGCCAGACUGCGAAUAUUUCAGAUUUGCAAGAGCACCAGGGCAGCUGCAAUUCUCCUGUCCCUCUGCCUGAGCAAGGAGACUUCUGGGACCUCCAGGCCCCACCCUCACCCCCUUUGCCAAAACAAGAGGACCCUCCAGAUGUCCACGUUCCAGAUGUUCCAGACAUUUGGACUUCGCCUGAUCAAGUUCACCUGCAAAGCCAAGCUCCAUCUUCCACUCCUUUGCCUGAGCACAGAAGCCACGUGGAAAUACAGGUUCCAGCCAUCUCCACCUGCCUUCCUGGUCAAAGAUGCCACACAGACCACCAAACUGCAGCCACAGCUUUGCCCAUGCUGGGAAACUGUGCUGAUGUCACGAUUUUAACCACCACCCCUUUGCCCAAGCAAAAAAGCCACACAAACAGCCAGAGAUCAGGCAGCACCUUAGAAACUGAGCAGAGAGUUGGCAGGGUCAGUGAAGACCCAGCUUCUGUCUGCAGCCAAGUCACCAGCCCUUUAACGAAGUGUGAAAGCAGCCUGGACCGCCAGACCCCAGCCACCACACUAUUGCCCUUGUCGUCUGUCCUCCCCCUGACUCAGGAUCCCGGUGCCUCACCUCUGCUUCCACAUGGAGAUCCGCUGGACUAUUUCAUCCCAGCCAGCACUCCAUCCUCUUUGUCCCAAGACCUUCCCGUACCAGCUGCCACACCCUUGCCCCAAUCACAAGGCCUUAUGGACACUGGAGUGGAAGCCCUCCCAUCUUUGUCCAAGCAAGACAGCCCCCCAGAUCCUCUGGAUUCGGAAGCUACGCCAGGACUCCAAGAGGCCAGCCUCCCAGGCACACAAGCCCCCAGACUCCUGCCUUUGUUGGGCCAACAGGACUCCACAAAUGUCCACAUUCCAGCCACCAUAUCUUUCCCUGACCAGGGGUGCUCUCAGGACCUUCAGGGCCUGGUAUCCUCCCCAGUUCAAACCACCAUGGUUUCAUCCAAGCCUGGAGGUGCCUUUGUCUCUCCUGUUGCCAGGUCAGAGUCUUCAGACUUGACUCCACGGUAUAGUCCCCCGCUCCCCACCCGCCAGCUGUUGGGCCCCAAUGCAGCUGCCCUUUCAAGAUACCUGGCAGCCUCUUAUAUCAGCCAGAGCCUGGCCCGGCGGCAGGGGCCUGUGGGAGAAAUCCCUGUCGCAUCCCGUGGCCCUUGGUCCUCCUCUGCCCCUACAUCUCGGGCACCGUCACCACCACCCCAGCCCCAGCCCCUACCAUCCCCAGCCCGGCGUCUUAGCUAUGCCACCACAGUCAAUAUCCAGGUGGGAGGUGGUGGGCGGCUGCAACCAGCCAAGGCCCAGGUCCGACUGAACCACCCUGCUCUUUUGACUUCCGCCCAAGAGCCUGUGGGCCUUCGCAGGGCCCAGGGGACUCCUGAUGCCCCUUUCCACAUGUGACCGUGUACAUUAAGCUUCCCAAACAGCAAGGACUUUUUAUCAGGUGCCGCCCACCCUCAACAUCAUCCAGAAUGCUAGAUGCAGGCCUAGAAAUGGCUGCAGCCCUCCAGCCCCUGGGGUCGGCCUCCAUGGACUGCAGAUGGGUAAAGAGGUUAUGGUUAUUUUGUUAAUUAAUAUUAUGAAACAA